GUAGCACCUCUCAUCAUCAACUACCACCAGUCAAAGGCUUCCAAUCGAUCAGUCCUUCACUUGUCGUCGACUCUACAAUAUAUCAAAAAUGCGGGGUGGGCCCAGUCGGCACGACUCGCGAGCGGGAUCACCAGGAGAUGGCAACAGUAGGAACCAGAGAGAAUCUUCGUUCCAGGAUCGCGAGCGAACCUCAAGAACUCGAGAUUCUGAUCGAGAUCGCAACCGGUACCGGGAUCGGGAUGGACGAGACAAAGACGGAGAGCGGAAUCGUGAGCGUGGGAGAGAGUACGUCGAUAGGGACCUUGACAGGGAUCGCGAUCGAACAAGAGACCGAGACCGAGGACAAGAUUACUCAAAAAGUUAUGAUAGGGACGCGGAUAGAGACAGAGAUCGUUAUCGUGAAAGAACUCGUGAUGGAGAUGGCAAGCACCGAAACUCAGAUCGCUCAAUCCGGGAUUCUGCUGGUGAUCGCGAAUACCGGGACAGGGACAGGGACCGCUCAAGAAGUCCAGACGGAAGGUCCAGGAAGCUUGAUCGUUCUCGCCACAAGUCGCGCCAUGGACGUAGUCGCUCCCGCUCUCCCAGUGGGUCGCCGGGUCCAAGUAGGCGCAGUAGUGGGGGAAAAGGGGGAGAUCGCACUAGCCCGGAGAACACUCGCAAAAGAAGUACCGGUAACGCGAUGGAUGUUGAUCCAAACGUUGAUGAUGAAGACGAAGAGGCCAAAAUGGCCCGUCUAAUGGGCUUCUCUUCCUUGACGACUACCAAAGGAAAACAUGUCGCCGGUAACAAUGAGGCCGGGACGGUUGACGUGGUGAAAGUGAGGACAUGGAGGCAAUACAUGAAUAGACGAGGUGGAUUCAAUCGUCCUCUUGAUAAAGUUUGAGUGGCAAGUGCUAUCAGCCUGCACAGAUACGACCCCCUUUUGUUGGAAUUUGGUUUGUUAGAUUGACUAUUGGCCAUCAUCCGCUUGUAUAAUGGAAACAUCGAUAUGAAUAUACUGUGGGCCUCAAGAAAAAUUCAACAUCAUGACAAAUAAUGUUCAUACAAUAGCAAUUUGGUGAAAUCGUGCAUUCAGCCGCCCUACCCUAAGCGAAAAUCUUUGAGUUACUUGGUCGGUGUAUGUUCAUGACCGGCUUACCGCUUGGUGAAAUUUGCAGAUCAUUCUAGCCCAGGUACAUUCAUCUUGGCACUGGAUUCACCGCUGGUUUUCGUUUUUGUUUUCCGUGGCACACUUGUUACGCUUGAGAUUCUCGUUAACUAAUGUCUUCUUUAGUGACUUAAUUAUGGUGAUGAUAUGACGAGUUAUGGUUAAUUAUCUUUUGAUUAGUUGUUACCGAAAUUGAUCUCUUUUAUUAUUAGUUUUGUUUGU